CCUGGAGAGACCCUGAAGUCUGAGACCUGCAGAGCCCCAGCCCUGACACCCUGUGCACUGCGAUUCUGCUGGACCCGCCGACAUGAGCCGCCCAGCACACUCCUGCACCCUCCGCCCCAGACUCAGCCCAGUGCUUCUGCUCCUGGGGCUGCUGCUCCUACCGGCUGUGGCUACCAUUGCCAGCGCUGACCUCAAAGAAGAAGACCAUGAAGAACUGCACUGCCUGUGUCUGAAGACCACCUCCCGAGUCCGCCUAAAGCACAUCACCAGGCUGGAGGUGAUCAAGGCUGGGUUUCACUGCCCCACCAUCCAGAUGAUAGCCACAAUGAAGUCUGGAAGGAAAGUAUGCCUGGACUUGAAGGCCCCCCGGUAUAAGAAAAUAAUAGAGAAACUUUGGGAGAGUUAGUGGUUAGCUGGUGAAAUCUCUGCAUUUGCUCUAUAACUUGAGUUUUUUUCCCUUUCAAUCUAAUUGUGAAAAAAAAAAUUUGAUGUUUCUAUUACGCUUCAAAUCUUAAAUAAACAAAUACAAUAAACCAAA